AUGAGAGGGAUCGACUGUGGCUCCACCGCUGCGGGAUAUCGGCAAGGGCAGUUACCUGGCGCUCCCGAACCCACCUGGCCUAGCUGCAACGGGUUCCGAUCGCCAGGGUCCGAGUCAUGUCAGCAUGCUGGGCCCGUGGUCGGGUACAUGUUCCUGCACAAUAAGCACCUUAUUACAGGGCUGUCGAACCGGCCACCCGUCGCCCCCGAGCAGGAGUAUCCCCACUGGCUGCAGCCGAGCGCACCAGCAAGGAAGCCGCCUCGGCGGCACGAAGGCGACACGGCGGUGGACUCGGGCUCCGCCCACGCUCCUUGCUUUCAGAUACACGUCUGA